AAUGACCUCAAAUUAAUAAAUACAUUGGCUUUCUACAUCACAGAGUUGUACUUGGCCAUUUCUAAACUUAAAUGAAAUUAAGCUUAGCAAUUGUACUGCCAUAGAGUCAAAGGGACUCCCUAUCAAACUCAUGGACAUAACUCUUCUCACUACUCCAAAAGAAGCACCGCUCUUCAGCUACUCCAACCAGAAGGUCAGCAAUGUUCUGCAGGCAGCAAUAGACAUGCAAAGCAACAAUCAGCCCCAGAAUAGCCACACAUCAACAAGCCGAUCAUCGGAUUCCAGCGAGCUGCCUAGUGCAUCAGGUAAAUGGGCCUCAAGGCUCCUAAAGGAGUGUGCAAGAGCGAUAUCCGACAAGGAUUCUGGCAAAAUCCACCAUCUUCUAUGGAUGUUGAACGAGCUUGCUUCACCUUAUGGAGAUUGUGAUCAGAAAUUAGCAUCUUAUUUCCUGCAAGCUCUAUUUUGUAAGGCGAUGGGGUCCGGCCAACGAUGCUUCAAAACCUUGAAUGCAGUGGCUGAGAAGAGCCACUCCUUCGAUUCAGCUCGGAAAUUGAUACUAAAGUUCCAGGAGGUAAGCCCAUGGAUGACUUUUGGUCAUGUAGCUUCAAACGGUGCUAUUUUGGAGGCAUUAGAGGGGGAUACCAAGCUUCACAUAAUUGAUAUAAGCAACACCCUUUGCACCCAAUGGCCUACUUUGCUAGAAGCUUUGGCAACAAGAAAUGAUGAAACCCCGCAUCUAAAGCUCACUGUUGUGGUAACGGCUAGCACAGUGAGGUCAGUCAUGAAGGAAAUAGGCCAAAGAAUGGAGAAGUUUGCAAGAUUAAUGGGAGUACCCUUUGAGUUUAAUGUAAUAAGUGGAUUGAAUCAUUUGGGGGAGCUCACAAAAGAGGGACUAGGUGUUCAAGAGGAUGAGGCUAUUGCUGUGAAUUGCAUAGGGGCCCUAAGAAGAGUGGAAGUGGAGGAGAGGGGAGCUGUGAUUCGGAUGUUCCAAUCACUUAAGCCUCGAGUUGUAACCAUUGUUGAGGAAGAAGCUGACCUUUCAAGCUCAAGGGAUGACUUUGUGAAGUGCUUUGAAGAGUGCCUUAGGUUCUAUACAUUGUACUUUGAGAUGCUAGAGGAGAGCUUUGUCCCAACUAGUAAUGACAGAUUGAUGUUGGAGAGGGAGUGCUCAAGGAGCAUAGUUAGGGUUUUGGCCUGUGAUGAUGAAAAUAGCCCUGAAGGAGAGUGUGAGAAAAGGGAGAGAGGUAGCCAAUGGUCUGAGAGACUCAAGGAGGCAUUUUCACCGGUUGGGUUUAGUGAUGAUUGUGUGGAUGAUGUUAAGGCAUUGCUGAAGAGGUACAGAGCUGGAUGGGCGCUUGCGCUACCACAAGGAGAUCAUCAUGAAUCAGGAAUCUACUUGACAUGGAAGGAGGAACCUGUGGUUUGGGCAUCAGCAUGGAAACCCUGAUUGAUAUUAAUAUUGGUGAUCAGAGAUCGAGCUAGGGCCAUUGCUAGCUAUAGCUAGCUCUAGAGUGCAGUCAAAGUUUAGCGCAUGGCAUCGAUCCAUAUCAUGGAGUUUGAAGCGCCAUCGGUGAUCAUGAACAUAUACCUAUUAUAUGGGGGUUCUGGCCUGGCGGCCUUUCUCUUUUCCUAUCUACCUUAUAUCUUGAUCGAUCUCAUUCAUGCAUAUUUGUAUUUUUACAGUAUGUCAGUUAUCUUCUGCUUUAUGCUU